UCCAGUGCUCUUUUUGUACUUGCAACCACCAGUUGCUUAAAGGUGAAGCAUCUGGCAGAGACUCUUGAUCUACUGGAGCCAAAAUUUGACCCUUAAAUAUGUAAGAAGCCAAAAUAUAUUGCUGUUAAGUGGCUACACUGUUCUUAAACCGUGACUCUGCUAACUGCAAUCACCUACCUGCAAUAACUGAUGUAUAUUCUAAGUGAAGACGUUCUCUUGGCAACUGCCUGGCAAUUUCCCAUGAAAAGCCCCCUUCAAUCUCCUUCUGUGACAAGAUGUUAUAAGUUACAUGUUGCUCUGGACACUUUAGUCAUUCCCUCGUCUCCCUUUCCCUCUCUCUCUCUCUCUCUCUCUCUCUCUCUCUCUCUCUCUCAAGAAAAGCAAAGGGAAGAUCCCCAAAAAUGUUCUCUGUGUCUUUCGACACUGUUGUCUCAGGUGAGCAACCAUAAUUUACUAACAUGAUCAUGUUCUCCAACAAAAUCAGUUGUCUUCUCCAAUAUUGUGGAGAGACUCAUGGUGAAUUAAUCUUAUGGAGAAAUAUAGUAAAAUUCAAUAAAGAUUUUAUGGUUAGUCUUUUGACAUUCAAUAAAGUUCUUUCCCUUUCCUGAUAGGUAAUAUGGAACGUCAACGUUCUAGCAGACCUGGCUCUGAAAUAUUGUAUGCCUUGCAAAAACUGAAGGAAAUUCUGCAGCAGAAGAAUAAGCAAUUUGCCUUGUUUGAGUUGGAUGUCCAUUCGUCACAAAACAAUCUUUCUGCUGUCAAGAGUAUGAAGAGUAAUGCAAGUAGUAGCAAGCAUAAAGCUAUAGAUGAGCUGAGAUUAGUAGAAGAAAUUUCAGAGAAUUUCACUGGUGCAGAUGCUGCAGUGAAAAAAGAGGAAAGAGGCAUGCAUAAGGUGAUCAAUGGUGAAAAAUUAUUAACAAGGGCACGGAGUUCAAAUGGGGUAUCAAAGAUGUCACUAGCAAAUACUUCUAGAGGUAAGAUACAUCGUAAUUCUCAUGAAGGCAAACAGGUUUUGCAGGGUAAUGAAAUCGAACAACUAAGGGAGCGAUUGAAGUUUCUUGAAGAAGAAAGCAAAAUAAUGAAGCAAGAGUUUUUGGAGCAUGUGGAAGAAAAGAAAAAGUUUGUGAAAGAGAUAUAUAAGCAGUUCCGCACUAUACACCGUUGCCUUCAACUUGAAAAUCCAGUAUACGGAGGGAGAGACUUUGAUGGAUCUUUCAUUGCCAACCCUUGUCAGGUAGAGGCAGGACUGGAGACUGGCCUAUCAAAAAUUCUAUGCCAAGAUUCAAUUGCAUGCAAUGUCACCAGCGACCAAAGAACCAAUAUCUUGGCACUAAAGAAAGGUCCUGAAGAAACAUGGGUUCAUGCUCAGAAUGAAUGAAAAAAGGCUUGGUACUUUCACCUACAAGUACAAUAUGCUGUUGUGUGCUUGCAGUUUUCUUGCUUGAAUUUGUGAAGAAUUUUAGAUCUAAAUAUUAUAUAAAAUAAGUUGGGCUUCCAUCCUUUACUAAGAGACCCAAAAAUCUAGAAUCAUUCGUAAACAAGACUAAAGAUUGAUAAUUAGCAAGUGUAUUGUAAGAUAGUAUAAAUAUUAGAAUUGGAAUAAAAGUGGGGGAAAUGUUAUGGAUUGUUUGUCCUCCAUGCCUUUUUAAGGAUUUUGGGAACCUAAUUUUAGUUUGAGGGACUAGAAAUGAGAAAAAGUUAGUUAUCAACUU